AUGGAAGGCUCGCGCAACUUUUCAGGAAAUACCGUUGGAGAUAACGCGGAAGUCAUCUUGGGCAAUACUCAAGUCACGGUUAACACCACUACCUUGGACGACGACAGGAUUUUCCUGCAAGAAUUCAGCCAAAUCGACCCUGUUUAUACUAAGAAAGACAUUUUGAUGCGCAAGGGUCCUUUACUACGGGAUACAUGUCGCUGGAUACUCGAUCACGAAGCCUUCAAGAGAUGGUACUGCACUCGACCGAAAGGAGUGUUGUGGAUAAAAGGCGAUCCUGGAAAAGGCAAGACAAUGCUACUAUGUGGGAUUAUCGAAAAAAUUGAAGAGUUCGAACAGUUUAAAAUUUCAGAACGCUGGAAGAGCUUGAAAAUUUUCAGAACGCUUGAAGAGCUGGAAGAGCUUGAAAAGCUCGAAAGGCCCGCAAAUUUCUCAGAGUUCAAAAAGUCCCAACAUUUUGACUUUGAAGAGAACACAAAUGUUGAAGGUUACGAAAGGUUCGGAGGACUCGGGCUUCUUGAACAACUUGGAGGAGAGCCCGGAAGGCGGAAAAAGUUCGAAAAGUUCGAAGAGCACGACAUACGUUUGCCAAGCGACCUUUUAUACUUUUUUUGUCAGGCUACAGACUUUCGAACGAAUACCGCAGCCGCCGUCAUCCGAGGGCUGAUAUUUAUAAUGCUUAAACCACGUCCGGCACUCUUGAAACUUGUUCGAGAGAAGUAUGGAGACGGACCCAAGGGACAGCUGAUCGGAGAUAAAGCACUGGCUAUCCUAUGCGAUAUGUUUGAAACCAUUGUUCGGGCUCUAGGUCGCAUCGACGAGUACUUUAUCUGUGUUGUCGACGCUCUUGAUGAGUGCAUUGAAGAUUGCGACCAUCUACUGAAUCUUAUCAUCAAGACAAGCGACACUGUUCAAUGGCUGGUUUCAAGUCGAAGUGAGAAACAUAUAGAGAGAAAACUCACCGAAAUUUCACAAAAGGUUGAUUUGGAGUUGGGACAGAACGCUGAACAAGUCUCUGUAUCUGUCGACAUGUAUAUCAAUCUUCAAAUCCAAGAAAUCUCAGCUAUACAAGACGAUGAAGACCUUCAAUCUAAAACAUCAAAAAUUCUCAAAAGCAAGGCCAGUGGAACCUUCUUAUGGGCAGCUCUCGUCAUAGAGCAGCUACGCGACACAGAUCAUUGGCAAGUAGAAGACGUGUUGAAAGAGAUACCAGAGGGACUGGAAAGCAUCUAUUGCCUACUACUAAAUCGAAUCGAUAAGCUGAAAGCCAAAGCUCGCGAGGCCUGCCAGGCACUGCUCUCAGUGGUGGCCACAGCCAUGAGGCCUCUUCAUCUUACGGAGCUACUUUUAUUUAUCAACGCUCAUUGGAAAGAUGACAAGCGCUUCAAAACCUCAUUUCAGCCGCGAGAUAUACGAGAUAUGGCAAAAGAUUGUGGAUCUAUCUUGUCGAUCAGAGGUGGCAUUGUUUAUUUCGUGCAUCAAUCUGCCAAAGAUUAUAUAGUGGAAGCUGCGGCUCGUCUUAUAUUCCCGAUUCAGCAUCAGCACUACAAAAUGUUCGAAAUAUCACUGGACGUAAUGUCCAGCAACCUCACAUACAACAUAUAUGGUUUGACAAACCCCCAAAUAUACGUCGAUGACAUUUCCCACCCUACUGUCGAUCCCUUGGCCUCGUUGAGGUAUUGCUGUACAUUCUGGGUUGAGCAUCUGGCUCAAGGGUUUGAACACUUUGAGGAUGGCUCAAGCCUCCACUCGUUCCUCACGGAUAAGUUUCUUUGCUGGGUAGAGUCCCUAGCUCUCAAGCGCAAUUACAUUCUGCAUACUUUGCCUGCUGUUCAGAAACUCAAGAGGAUGAUUGAUAGCUGUUGCGAAAGUGGAUCUAUGAAGCCGCAAAUUGGGCAUUUGAGGCAGUUCCUUGAUGAUGCUUGUCGAUUUCUCACUCAUUCUACUACGUGGGUGCCUCAUUGGCCUUUGCAGCUAUACUUCUUGGCCAUUGAGUUUGAACCGGAAGACAGUGUCAUAAAAAAGACCUUUAACCAAACCGUACGUGAUAGGUUCGGCUCUUUGCCCGCUGCCUUCCAAAUGUUUCAAAUGCGACAAUCACCUUUGCAGCGGCGAGCCAUUACUUUUACUAGCAAGCUGGACGAUCGUUUUCUUCACCACUAUUUAAUCUUCUCUCCAAGUUGGUGUCCACUGCAUCUGAAAAAAACGCGCCCCAUCCUCACAUAUUGGAAUAUGGAGGAGAAAUGCUCGGAAGAUGGCGAGGAAGUUGAUGAGAAAAUGCCAAAGACUACAUUUCCAGGUUUGGGCCAUCGUAUAUAUGUGCCUCGCGAAGGAGUCAUGGCAUCGCGAGGCUUCCAUAGCUACUUUAACCAAGAGAGUCUGGACCUCAACCGGGGCCCAUAUCAGGGCCACGGUUUACAUGUUGAAGAUCCUUAUACUUAUCCUGGCUAA